CGACGGGCUACCCGUAUGCCCCUCCGACCUUCUCGUCUUCAAACCCUGCGUCGCUGCUGCGGCCGUGUCGGCUGCAGAUCGCGUUGGAAGCUACAUGGUUGUCGGAGGAUCGUGGUGAGGUAGGGCUUGCCGCUCGCUGCCGCGUCGGCGACGCCCCGAGUAUCAACCUGACGACUUCGUUGGUGGCGGAAGAUCAAGUUACUCUUUCUAGAUGUUGGACAACUUGAAGGUGCAAUCUUUCAUCUCCUGAUGUUGCAUUCGCAGAUGGGUUUCCAGGUUCCAAUUUUGUUACAGCCUUACUCAGGUGCAAUCUUUCAUCUCCAGAUGGGUUUCCAGGUUCCAAUUUUGUUACAGCCUUACUCAGGUGCAAUCUUUCAUCUCCAGAUGGGUUUCCAGGUUCCAUUUUGUUACAGCCUUCCUCGGCUGGAUUCAACAUUAUCACUCCCCAGUUCUUGUUUGCCCUGUUGUUAGCUGAGAAUGUCGAAUCAAAAGUAGGCUGCACUUGAAGGUGGUGGGCAGCAGCUGUGUCAGUGUUCUUUGCAAGUUGGAAAGGGCAAUAUGGGGCAGUUCUGUCUGUGUCUUCCACACCCUUCUUUUCGUGGUCUCAGUUGCUUGGCAGUUUGCCCCACGCAUCCAACCCAAGGAAAGCUAUCCCAAGCAAGGCCUGACCACAGAACCCCUCUACAAAAAGGUAUAUUCCUUGCCUUGGAUUCACCUUUCUCAUUAGUAUUAAUUUCAAUGAUGGGGAAGCAACUCAUGUGUGGGUUUGUUGUUGUGUCCCCUGUUCCAACCUAUUUUUGGUGCUGUACUCACCUGCGGAUUUGCUUCUCUCUGCCAAUGAUGGAGUCCUUCCACCUCUAAGAUCUGUUGACUUUGAUGUUGCAGACACUUCUCUACAUUAUAUGACAUUUUUGGGAAGGUAGAGACUUGCUUCUUCUGUUCACUCUUUUCAUGGUAUAUGACCUGCUAAUUCCCCCACCGAAGUCUUCUGCUAGUCCAGUUGCAGAGAGUGUGAUGGAAUCUCCUCCUCCUCCUCCUCAAGAGACACAACAGCCGCCGCCCCUUGAUCUGUCGCUCGCCUUGGCCCCUUCCUCGCCUUCCUCCGAUCAGGAGACCAAGUACGUGAAGCUCUUCCCCUGCCUCUUCUGCAACAAGAAGUUCCUCAAGUCCCAGGCGCUCGGCGGCCACCAGAACGCCCACAAGAAGGAGAGGAGCGUCGGGUGCAGCUCCUACCUUUACCUCGCGCCCACCGCCGUCGCCCCCACCGCCGUCCCUCCGCCGCCGCUUCCCAUCGCGUCCCACGCGUGCAGGUACCUUCCUCUCACCGACUACUCCUUCGGCAGCCACUCGGACGGCUUCAGCCCCGCCCGCAGGGGCCCCCGGUUCGCGGCCGACCACCCGCUGCUGGCGACGGUGAGUAGCGGCAGGGCAAUGUGCGCCGCGGGGGACCUCUCCGCGAGCGGUGACGAGACCAUCGACCUGCUCAACUGGCGGAGAGGGUCCCACCCUACGCAGGAGCUCCCAGCCGUCCCUGCCGACGGCGACGGCCCGGCCGAGCUCGACCUGUCGUUGAGGCUCUAGUGUUUGCGUUGUUGCUACCUGUUAUCAGUUCACUGCUCGUUUCGGUUGAGCUGCACCGGGGUUUGGCUGCGCCUCGACGGCUGAGCUAUAGCUGGGGGGGGGCGUUGGCGGCGGGAUGGUGUUGGAGUGGGAAGAAGACACGGCCAUGUGAUGUGGGUGGGCAUCGUGUCAUAUGGUGGUGGGGCAACGGAUGCGUGCAUUGUGGAUACUGUUGACAUCAUUGUCUCCCCUCGCUUGCUCUCUAUCGUAGCUCAUAGGCCAAUCCUUUGGAGGUCCGUCCUUACAUCAAGUGCUACUUAAACUUGUGAUGAUAUCAAGGCUCUAAAGAGGUUCUCUUCAUGCUUUGAAUCUUUCGAUCAUGUAUAAUAAAAAACUGUUUUAAGUAGAGAUGACAUGAUAUUGGAAAGAGAUGUCAAAGGCAAUUCUAACCA